AUGCCGGGAAUCGAGGAAAUCCAACUUACCUGGAACAAAGGGCCACUCCUUACAACUGCACUUGCCCUGUUCGGACCCAAUUCUUGGUUGGAUCUUGUGAACCGAUAUGCAAACCUAUAUGAGCACAGGAACCUUUCAACCAAAGUGGCCCAGGGGCUUUGCAUUGACCUUUCUCCUUUCGGCAGACUACUCAGCCAGAACAGUCUCGGUUCAUUCGACAUGCUCUCGAGAAUUGGCGAGGAACCAUGUAUCCAUCCUCAGCCUCAGCCUAUUGGUGGUGAAAUGCCGGGUUUCUAUAACACUGUAGAAGCUGGGCAGUGGUUGCAUAACCUUCGACUGGGGCAUAUCACGGAUCUGGCAGGCUUGGGUGAUCAUGGUUAUCUGGUCAUGGAGGACAUGUUUAACAUCGCAGCCUAUUUGUCAUACAUGGCAUGGAUGACGGAUACCACAAGUGCAGCGAAUUCCUUGAUCAUUUCAUACGAUAUGGGAUCAGAUUCGCAAAAGCCGUCUAUUUCACUUGCAGGAAUCAUUGUCGUGUCAAUCUUAAUUGGCAUUUAUCUGAUGGCAAUUUUAGCAACCGCAAUAUACGCUUCAUGGUUCCCACGCUGGACAGGAUCGCUCGACUCCUUUAGCUUAUUGAGAUUGGGCAGCUCUAUCAGUGAGAAGGUUCCUCUCAAAGUAUCUGUGGAUGAUGACAGGGUAAAAGCCUUGGAUGAGUUGCCCGGCUGGAUUGGAUCUCACGUCCACGAUGGAGAAACUAGGUCCAAGGAGAUUAGUGGUAUUUCACUUGGAGGUUCAAGCCCAUUGACGCUGAAGUCGAGGUACGAGGCAUAUAGGCUCCCAUUACGACGAAAGCCAUGA